AUGAGCAGCAAUUCUGAGGAUGAUCGUGAUGAUGACCUCGAUGAAGUGGAGGAUGACGAGGUGAGCGAAGAUAUGGACAGCGAGGAGGAAGAGGAGCGCCGGCCGCCGAGCUCGGCGGGACGUAAGAGAGGCGGCGAGGAUGGAGGGGGGCGAGGAGGAGGCGGCGGGGCAGCGGCCAAGAGGCGGCGGCGCAGCGGGGGUGCGGGCGAUGUGAGCCGGUUCUUCGAGCUGGAGGCCAAGGACACGGACGAGGAGGGGUCGGAGGAGGAGGAGGAGGUGGAGGAGCUGUUUGCCGACGAGGCGGCCGAGGCCGAGGCGCUGGCGACGGCGACGCGGGAGCGGGAGCGCACGCGGCGGGCCAUGGUGGCCGAGGCGCUGGGCGGGGAGGACGGGGAGGAGGACGUGCGGGCCAAGGCGCGCGAGCUGGAGGAGCGCUACCGCUACUAUGGCCGGGCCGAGUACGGCGGCGGCGAGGGCGGGGCCGAGGAGCGGGGCGAGAUCGCGCAGCAGAGCUUCCUGCCCUCGGUGCGCGACCCCAAGCUGUGGCUGAUCAAGUGCAAGAAGGGCAAGGAGCGGGAGACCGUCGUCUGCCUCAUGCAAAAGUACUUUGAUGUGGAUGGCACUGAUCGCCAGCUGCUCAUCAAGUCGGCCUCGUGCGCCGACAAUCUAAAGGGCUACAUCUACGUCGAGGCCGAAAAAGAAAUCCACGUCAAGCAGGCCAUCACGGGACUGCGCAAUCUCAUCGCCUGGGAUCUCAAGCUGGUGCCCCUCAAGGAGAUGACGGCCAUCUUCACCGUGGCCAAGAAGGCGCUCAACCUGCGCCGCGACGCCUGGGUGCGCAUCAAGCGGGGCACCUACAAGGGCGACCUCGCCCAGGUGCUCGACGUCGACGAGACCCGCGCGCGCGUUACGGUGCGGCUGAUCCCGCGGCUCGACCUCACCAAGCUCCACAGCGUGGCCGACCUCGACGACGACGAGGACGACGAUGACGCCACGGCCAAGCGCAAGCGCAAGACGCGCCCGCCGCAGCGCUUCUUCAACGACGAGGAGGUGCGCAAGCUGGCCGGCAGCGAGGUCGAGUCGCGGCCGUCGGGGCGCGGCGGCAAGUACUUUGUGUUUGCCAUGCAGAAGUUCAAGGACGGCUUCCUGCACAAGCCCAUGAACAUCAAGAGCCUCGAGACCGACAACAUCGAACCCACCCUCGACGAGCUCCAGAAGUUCCAGGCCCCGCCCUCGUCCCUGGCCGGCGGCGGCAACGGCGACGACGACGACGGGGCGGGCUCGGCGGCGGUGGCGCUGUCGUCGACGCUGUCGGCGCUGGCCAAGUCGCAGCAGCAGGGCGCCGGCGCGGGCGGCAAGAAGCGCGGGGCCACGUUCAUCAAGGGCGACGCGGUGGCGGUGGUGGAGGGCGAUCUCAAGCACCUGAUGGGCAUCGUCGAGUCGGUGAGCGACAACAUGGUCACCAUCCUGCCCAAGCACGAGGACCUGCGCGACCUGCUCACGUUCCCGGCCGAGCAGCUGACCAAGUACGUCAAGAUGGGCGACCACGUCAAGGUCAUCUCGGGCCGGUUCGAGGGCGAGACGGGCCUCAUCCUGCGCGUGGACGGCAACAUCGUCACCAUCUUCUCCGACCUCACCAUGAAGGAGAUCCAGGUGCUCGCGCAGGACAUCCAGGAGGCCACCGAGGUGGCCGCGGGCAACCUGCAGCUGGGCAACUACGAGCUCCACGACCUGGUCCAGAUCGACCCGCAGACCGUGGGCAUGAUCGUCAAGGUCGAGCGCGACUCCUUCCGCAUCAUGGACACCGCGGGCAAGGUCACCUCCUACCCGCUCCAGGCCAUCCAAAACAAGCGCACCAACCGCCACGCCGUCGCCUUCGACAAGAACCAGAGCCAGGUCACCGUCGGCGACGUCCUCCAGGUCGUCGAGGGACCGCUCAAGGGCCGCCAGGGCACCGUGCGCCACAUCCACCGCUACUUUGCCUUCCUCCACUCCAACGCCGUGCUCGACAACACCGGCAUCUUCGUCGUACGCGUCGCCAGCACCACCGUACUCGGCGGCGGCAAGAACCGCGCCCGCCCCGGACCCUCCCCCUCCGCCCGCGGCGCACACUCGGCGGCCGGCGGCGGCGGCUACGGCCACGGCCACCACCCGAUGUCCGGCAUGCCCAGCCCCUCCCGCUCCCUCAUGAGCCCCUCCCGCUCCCUCGGGAGCGGCCCGCCCGGCGGAGGCCCCCGCGGCCGCCCACAGGAUCCUGCCGGCGGACGAGGUCGCGGCGGCGGCCGAGGCCGAGGGCGCGGGCGCGAGGACAGCCUCAUCCACAAGACCGUCACGGUCGGGCGAGGCCCGUGGAAGGGCUACGUGGGCAUCGUCGUCGACGCCACCGACAACAGUGCCCGCGUGGAGCUCCACACCAACUGCAAGACCGUCAACGUGGACCGCACCUUCCUCACCAUCAUCGACGCCGAAGGCCGCCGCGAGCCCGCCACGGCCGCCGGAGCCGCCUCGGGAGGCUUCCAGGAGGGCGUCCCUGCGACUCCCUCGUGGGCCUCCUCCCGCACGCCCAUGCGCGGCGACGGCGACGGGUCCGCCACGCCCAUGCGGGCCGGCACGCCCAUGCGGUCCAGCACGCCCUCCCACGACGCCUGGAACCCGACGACGCCUUCUCGCGCCACCUCGUGGGACGACAACCCCGUUGGCCACCACCCCAACGAGUACGGCAGCAUCGGCGGCUCCUACGGCGUCGCGGCAGGCGGCUACGCCCAAUCCUCCUCAUCGUCGUCGUCGUCGGCGAUCACACCCUUCUCGCCCUUCUCCCCGGCGCCGGUGGGCCGCGACCGGGAUGAUCAGAUGUUGCUGCCGCGCACGCCCUCGGAGGGCAUUUACAACCCGGCCACGCCCUCGGGGGGCUACACGCCCCACUUCACGCCCAUGGAAAGCCACUACACGCCUGACCAGCCCACCCCUCGCGGAGGACCCAACGAGGUGUCGACGCCCGGCUACACGCCCUACACCGCCACGCCCCAGGCCUACCCCGCCACGCCGGCCACCCCCGGUAUCCCGCAGACGCCCGGCACGCCCGGCAUGAUGUCCCUCCCGUCUCUUGCGCGCGCCUCCGCGCCGGCCACGCCCGGCAUGAUCAGCUACGACUCCGACCGAGUGGACACGACCAACACCGUCGCCGGCGGCGUGAUGUCGACGGACGAGCCAUGGACCACCGAGGGCAUCGAAGUGCGCGUGAGCGACGCCUACCGCGGCGGGCAGUACAGCCAAGCUAGCGCCGUCAUCACCUCGGCCGGCCGCGACUCAUGUCGGGUCACCGUGCGCGACAGAGACGGCAACGACCUGGAGUCGCUCUCCAUACCUUCCCCCUACCUCGAACCCGUGGUGCCCGCCAAGAAGGACCGCGUCAAGGUCAUCCGCGGCGAGCUCAAGGGUAACGUCGGCCUCCUCGUCGGAAUCGACGGCAGUGACGGUAUCGUGAAGAUGGAGCCCAAUCUCGACAUCAAGCUUCUCGCCCUCCCUCUCCUCGCCCGCUAUCACCACCGUAAAUAG